AUGGCCUCAAUCCACUACGACAUUCGCUGCGCGCUUCUUCUCCACCUCGCCACGUCAUCAUCAUCCUCACCUCCGUCAUCGUCGUCGCCGCCGUCGCUAUCCACCAUUAGGACUCUCAGCCCCCACCGCAUCGCCUCACGCGCCUCCGUGGCGCGCCGGGUGCUGUCCUCGUUCUCCUCCCCCUUUACGACGUCGUUCCGAGCCCGAGCCUUUUCCGACGAGGCGGCUAAAGAGGCCGUGAAGCUCCCGGAGAAGCCGUCCAUAUGCACCGCCGACGAGCUCCAUUACGUGUCGGUCCCCAACUCCGACUGGCGGCUCGCGCUCUGGCGCUACCGGCCUUGCCCCAAGGCCCCUCAGAGGAAUCACCCCUUGCUGCUCUUGUCUGGUGUGGGGACCAAUGCUAUUGGAUAUGAUCUCUCCCCUGAGUCUUCGUUUGCACGUUACAUGUCUGGGCAAGGAUAUGAGACAUGGGUUCUUGAAGUUCGUGGUGCAGGAUUGAGUGUUCAUGAAUCAAAUAAGAAAGAAAUCCAGGAGUCUGCCCAUGCAAAAUCUGAACAAAUGGAAUCUGUGUCCAAGGGUGCAACCAAUGCAGCUUUUUCUGCACAAAAUCAGUCAAAUAGCUUUUCUGACACCAAUGCAAAAUCCGAACCGAAGGAAGCUGUUUCACAGAGUGCAUCUAAUGGAGCUGUUUCUGCACAAAACCGGUCAAAUAGCUUCUCUGAUGCAGACGCAAAAUCUGAACAGAUGGAAGCUCUUUCGCAGAACACAACUGAUGGAGCUUUUCCUACCGGAGAGCAGUUGGGUAGUUUUCCUGGUGCGUCAGCAUUUGAAAGACCUGUUCACAAAAUAAAUGAUGAGAUUUCAGCUGCCAAAGGAGACCUUACAAGUAUACCAAGUGUAGGGGGCGAAUCAAAAACCGUGACAAGGGUGACUGAAACUUUUACGGAGAAGUCAGAACAAUUGUCUGGCUUUCUCGGUGAAGGUCAAUCCAGUAUCAUGUCAAAUAAUUUACUCGAUCAAAUUUCAAAACUUUUUGCUGAUUCUACCUUAUCUGAGCGGUUCAAUGAUAUAAGCAAUAAGCUGUCAAGCCUCUUAGAGACAAGACAAAACUCUGCUAUUGCUAGCCAAAUCAGAGACCUCAGUCAAAGGCUUGUGAAUAUAAUUGAAGAAGGCCAGCGGUCUGUUUCACCAUCACUGUUUAACUUGCAAGAGCGUCUUUCUUCCACACUAGAAGAUUUCCAAAAGCAACUGGACUUGAUAGUGAAGUAUGACUGGGACUUUGAUCACUACCUUGAAGAGGAUAUACCUGCUGUGAUGGAUUAUAUAAUGGCGGAAAGUAAGCCGAAGGAUGGGAAGUUGUUAGCAAUUGGGCACUCAAUGGGUGGAAUCUUGCUUUAUGCAAUGCUUUCACGAUGUGGUUCUGAAGGAAGAAUGUGCAACCUAGCAGCUGUUGUAACACUGGCCUCAUCACUUGAUUACACAUCUUCAAAAUCAACUCUCAAAUUGCUUAUACCACUUGCAGACCCCGCGCAGGCUCUCAAUGUUCCUGUUGUUCCUUUGGGGACAUUAUUGGCAGCAGCUUAUCCUCUCUCAUCUCGCCCUCCUUAUGUCUUCUCUUGGCUUAAUGAUCUGAUUUCAGCACAGGGCAUGAUGCAUCCAGAAUUAUUGGAAAAGCUUGUUUUGAAUAACUUCUGUACAAUACCCGCAAAACUUCUAUUGCAGCUAACAACAGCUUUUAAGGAGGGGGGACUACGUGACAGGAGUGGCACCUACUUGUAUAAGGAUCAUAUACAUAAAAGCAAUGUCCCUAUUCUGGCACUUGCUGGAGAUAAGGAUUCAAUAUGCCCUCCAGAAGCUGUAGAAGAAACUGUUAAGGUAAUACCGAAGCACCUGGUUACAUAUAAAGUUUUUGGAGAAUCUGGAGGUGCACACUAUGCUCAUUAUGAUUUAGUAGGAGGCCGAAUGGCAGCAGCGCAAGUCUAUCCAUGUAUAAUUGAAUUUCUUAAUAAACAUGACUGAACAUGUUUGAUUACCUGAAACCAUGAAACUUAGUGGCCUACAAGUCAUUACUGGAGCAAGCUUGGUCUUAGAAUAAGCAUUGAGAGCUGCCAUCAAUGAGAUACUGUAACAGAUGCUCAUUGGGUUGUUAGGAUUACUGGUGCAGAGAAGCAUUACUAGCAGAAAGAAACCUUAUAUUUUCAUGAAGAGUGUACAGAUGUUUUUCUUCCUAGAACGAAAUUCACAGUUACUUUUUAUACAAAGGUCGGUUCACCAUUCCGGUGGAUAAUAUGUAGAUGUACAUUCAUGAUAACUUGUUCAUAAAAGG